UAUACAUAAAGAUUUACUCUGAUACAGAAAAUAUUUUUAUAUAUUAAAGUUGUUGAAUAAAUCCAAAUUUAAUUUUUGCUCUCGACAUAUGAUCCAGUACAGUUAGAUCGAAUAUAUUAAAGGUAAAUUUAUACAUACUGGAUUAGUAAGUAAAAGAUAAACAGACAAUUUUGUCUUUACUUUAGUGAAAUGACUACUGAAAGUCAGCAAAUAUGUAGACUGUGUUUGAAAGAAAUUGAAAGUGGUCUUGAAAAUAUAGAUGAUAUUCAGCGAGAAAUGUUGGAAGUUUUACUUAUAAAGGUGGACUGGUCUAUUAGUGAGCAUCCUGUCUUAUGCAGGCAGUGCUUUACUGAAAUGCAAGAUUCGUUCACUUUCAAGUCCAACUGCAUUGACAUAGAAGAUUAUUUAACACCUUUCAAAGAAAAUGUUAAAUUAGAUUUGAAAACUGUGUACAUACGAAAGAAAGAUGUACCGAAUCCCACAGAUGCUGAAGAACAUUUAUGUAGAUUAUGUAUAGAGCCAAUAGACAAGAAUGAGGCCUUCUCAAACAAAACUGAAAUAGAAAAAUUCAAGUUAAAUCUACCCGAAAUAGACUUGGAACUGACCACAAAUGUUGUUUUUUGCCCAAAGUGCUACAGCUCACUACAAAAUUAUUUCGCUUUUUCAGAAAAGUGUUUGGAAAGUGAAAAAAAAAUCCAUGAUUACUGUAAAAUAAUCAGAAGACGAGGCCGAAGGUCAAUUUUUCUGGACAAGUUCCUAGAGUAUUCCAAAACUGAUUCAGUGCCCAUUAUAAGGGAAGAAUCGAAUGGAAAACGAAAAAAAAGAUCUAAGAUAUUAGAGGACUACAAAUGUGAUAUUUGCUCCUACACAACAAGGAGUGCGACAUAUAUUCAAACACAUAAAAAAUCACACAUUGAUUUGCAAGAAUUGUUCGAGUGUACUAUGUGCCCCUUGAAGACAAAGUAUGAAAAUGUUCUGAACAAACACAUGAACACUAUUCAUUCUGAUCACACAUAUUCUUGCAACAAGUGUUCUUUCCAAACCAAACAUAAGAUAUCUCUAGUCAGACAUGUCGAAACACAUGAAUUGACUACAGUAUAUGAAUGUCAUUCAUGUCAUUUCAAAACAAAAUAUAUUGCAACGUUUGAAAGGCAUGUUUGCAAAACUAAAAAACCAAGACGAAAUGUCGUGACCCUUAAGAAUCCUUCAGAAAUAAAAAUGUAUAAGUGUGACCUGUGCCAAUAUAAAUCAAACAGAUUUGGAAGUGUGAAGAAACACAAGUUGGUUCAUAAGAAUCCUUCAGAAAUAAAAAUGUAUGAGUGUGACCUGUGCCAAUUCAAAUCAAAGAGAACUUUCACCAUGAAGAAACACAAGUUGGUUCAUGAAAAACCAGAGCAAACGAUUUACAAGUGCCUUCAUUGUGAAUAUAACACAUUCUCGACGUGGGCUCUGAAAAAACACAUUGAAACACAUGGAGAUGUUUUCAAUGUUAACACACUGAACAAAGAAAAGUUCAUAAGUAAACUUGCGAAAAGAUCGUACAAGUGCACCCAAUGUGAAUUUGCUUCUUUGAACAAUAGGGGGUUGAAAAAGCAUAUUGCGGCUAGGCAUAAUGGUGUCGUGGUAUAUAAAAAAAUUACACCAAGGAAAGUAGGAAAAACGAAACACAAAUGCUCUAUUUGUGGGUACGAAACACACAAUGGAUCUUAUAUGAAACUGCACUUGAGAAAGCACCAACAACCAUCUGAAGUGGAGAUGCAUAAGUGUAAUCAGUGUUCUUUCGAAACUAAAUGGGCAAUUUGUUUCAAACAGCACCAAAACAUCCACAAGGAUCCAUCAGAAGUUAGGAUGUACCAGUGUCCCAUGUGCACAUUCAAAACAAUACACAGAAGAAGUAUACUGAGACAUAAACAAGUACGGCACAACUUCGCGACUAAAUCCUAUAAAUGCAAAAAAUGCAACUUCCAAACAAAAUGGUCGAAUAGCAUGAGGAAUCAUCAAGUAGUGCAUGCCAGCCUCGUCUACAAUUGCACAAAAUGUUCAUUUCAAACAAGAUAUCCGAGGAGCCUCCGGAAUCAUCUCCGUGACCGACAUAAUUCCGAAGCAGAAAGCCAUAACAGUGAAAUAGUGCCACAAGCAAAUAGGGUUCAAUGUGCAGAAUGUAUGCAAUCGUUCAAAAGCAAAGAAACCCUUAUCAGACAUUUCCAACACAUUCAUAGAAAAGAUACUUUACCAGUCUAUAGAUGUGACGAGUGUCCCUACGUUACCAAUUAUAGCACCUGUAUAAAAGUCCAUAAAAUUAUGCAUACGGAUUCGGAGUCCCUAAACUUGUUUGAAUGCAAAUUUUGUAUUUUCAAAACUAAAUACAAAAGAUGCCUUAAAAACCACAUAAGUAGCAAGCAUGAAUGAAACGAAUUCAGAAAGAUAGAACUGUGGUGUGGAAUUAAUCUGAAAGUUUUCUAAACAUCCUUCACCAUGGUUCAUAAUUGAGUAUUUGCUGUUUGGAAGGGCUUCUUUCUGACCGUGCCACAUUUUGCUAGUUCCAAACUUUUGAAAGCAUGAAGAAUCUAAUGUAUUCAGAUCCCACAAGUUUCAGCGAUCCCACAGUAUACCUAAAACCAGUAGUGUCACUUUUGUCAUGAGUGGAUUUGUCAGCAUUUGACAUUUCAUACAGUUCUUAACAAGUGAAUAAUAGAUAUAAACUGCUCAACAGUAAAGUAAAUUUCAUACAUAAUUAAAUGGGUGUUUUAAAGUAAUGUAGAGUAAUAUGAAACACUUUGAAUUUUUCAUUCAAAUUGUUACAAGUGUACUCUCUCCUUGUCUAAUUGGUUAAAAUUUUGCAAUCGAUUUGAAAAUAAGUUAUCAAGGAACUAAUGGGACUUGCAACUUCAAACAUAGCUCAGAACUGGAUGAAAUGCAAUAUUUUUGCAUACUGUAUAAAUAAUAUAAAACGUAUAAAAUCGGAAAAAGUUCGUAAAGCGUGUCACAGAGUUUCUAACAAAUAAAAAGAAUUGAUUUGCUUGUCCAACCCAACCGGGCUUCUUGAGGUGCAACAACUGAAACAUACAUGUACGCAGGUGGUUAUUCUCAGCUAAAUAAAAAAUAAUACAUUGCACAAAUAGACGCCAGAUUUUCCUGCUGGUGGUUAGAUUGCUCGUAUUGAAACACAAUUCUGCUAGUUGUAACUUGAUUCUUGUUCUCUGAGGUACAUUGCACAAUGAUUUUUUGAUAUAAUUCAAUACCCGUUAUGGCACUAGAAAGGGGAGUAGUUGAUCAGACAGGUGUUUGCCAUAACAGCCUACAUAGGGACUAGAAAUGGGUGAAACAUCAGUCGGCAACAACUAUCGUUUCUAAAGGAGUGAAAGAGAGGAAUUGUUUUGUUUUUUAUAGUAUUCAAUGCAAGAAUAUUCGAUACACGGUUUUUCAAUAAAUCUUUGAUUGUAUUCAAAAAUAAUUCAAUGACUACAUAUAAAAAAACUGAUAAAAUAUUCUGACAAUCUGAUUAUUGUUGGAUAUGAGUAUAUAGGUCUUGAAUACAUUUAUAAAUAUAAGUACCAACUCGUUCAAUAACUUACAUUUUAAAAUUUGAAUACUGAAAUCAUUACUUGCAUCCCUUUACAAACUAUAUCCUAUCGGUAACAUCUUCGUUUUCUUUAAAAACAAAACAAACAAAACAAAACUUCUCUUCAUCAUGUUUCCACAAUCGAAACGUCGUCAGUCUGAAGCCUGUUACUAAGCGUUCUA